GGAAGUGACGUACGAACACAAACGGCAAAGAUGGCGUCACAUUCAAACGGAUAUUGAGACAAACAUCUGGGACAACAGACAGACUAGAAUCAAAAAGAUCUGGACAGAGUAUCCUCUCUGACCUGGCAUUAUGCCAACGGAAGGACCAGCGGCAGUCACCUCGGAGCGUCCUCGGCAUCAUGACCGGCCCAGACGGAAGGACAGUGUGCAGUCCAAGCCCUCCCUGGGGGCCUCUCACCCCCGACCAGCGGCUACUGCAGCCAAGAGCUGCGAGGAUGAGAUCAAUAGACUGAAGGAGAUAAUCUGUGCUCUGCAGGCUGAGCGUCAGCAACAGCGCUCCAGGGAAGAGGAGGGGGACGGGCUGGGGGGUGUUAGACUGGGACCGCGGGGCCCCGAGGAUCUACGAUGGAGGAUCAACCAGCUGGAGAGAGACAAGCUGGAACUAACCGCCAAACACAAUGAACAGGUAUCCUCUCUAGAGGGCCAGGUGGCCAGGCUGAGAGCAGCAGUGGAGCGAGGAGAGGCACAGAGACAGACUCUAGAGUAUGAUAUGGCUGUAGCCAGGAAGGAGGCUGGAGCGGAGAGGAGUAACGUCCAGGAAAACAUGGCUGCUCUCUGCAGUCAGAACGAACAACUCAUGGAGCUGCAGCAGAGAGUUUCUGUCCUCCAGAAGGCUCUGGAGAUCACGCGGAUGGCCCGGGAGGAGGACCAGCAUGCAUUGCAACAGGAAGUGGAGGAGCGGAACGGACUGGUGCUGAGUGCUAACACCGAGAAUGACCAGCUGACCGCAGAGAACACACACCUACACACCCUGCUGCAGGAACAGGAGGAGACUCUGCAGGAGCUGAAGAGGAGGUUGGGGGAGGUGCAGAGAGAGAGGGAGAGAGACGGGGAGGCACUACGACGACAGACCAGUGAACUGGGCUACAUCACGGAGAGAGAGGAGAGAAUGAAGAAAGAACUAGAGACAACCCUGCAGAGAGUGAAGACUCUAGAAACCAACAUAGAGUCUGAGAGAGCUGCUCACCUGGAGUCUAAAUUCAACUCUGAGAUCAUACAGCUGCGUAUCCGUGACCUGGAGGCAGCUCUACAAGUGGAGAAGUCCAGUCAGGCUGAAGCAGUGUCCAGUCUGGACCUGGUCAAACAACAGUUCAGAGAGGUGGAGAGAGCCUACAGCGUAGAGAGAGACAGGGCACGGGACGCUACUGGCAGACUGACACAGUUGGAGAAGGACUACCUGAGCUCCAAGGCAGAGCUGAGUGCAGCGGUGGAGAAGGAUGGAAGAACUGCAUCACAACUCAGAGACCAACUGCAGGAACUACACAAAGUACACACACAGAUGGACAUGGCUCGUAAGCGUGAGGUGUUAGUAGAGGAGGAAUUAGAGAGCUGUCGGAGAGAGCUACAACAGCUACUGCAACAACACACCGCUGUAGGACCACACACCACAGAAGAGCCUGUUGGAGAGGAAAGAAAGCACAGCCCCUCUACUGUCAUGAACAUGCUGAGGACAGCCCUGACUACAUACAAGACCACCCUGGACCAGACUACUGCAGAGGUCCUGGAUCAGCAGCAGCAGGCAGAGAGGCUGGUCCAGGAGGUUCAGUCCAACCAGCAACUGAUGUCAGAACAGAAGAGACACUUAGAGGAGCUCUGUGCAGCGCUGUCUGACUGUAAUGUUGAAUUACAGCGUCUGAGAGCCCAAUGUUCUGAAAAGACCCUCCAGACAAACAGACUACAGACCAGGGAAGGAGAGAGGGAGAAGGAUCGAGAGAGGGCAGUGGAGUUGCAGGCAGAAGUACAGAGGAUCAGACAACUCAAUCAGAAGGAUUCUCAGGAGAAGUUGUCCUUCCUUCACGGUCUGUUCCAGCGUCUGUUAGCGGGCUGCGUCCUCAGCUCCCAGCCACAAUGCAUCCUGGGUAGUUUCUCCUGGGCGGAGCUCUGUGAUGUCAUAACGGAACACGUCGACACCCUCAUCUCUGACCUCACAAGCGCCAACGAGAGGGUGUCCCACCUGCAGGCUGUGUGUGAGAGGAACACUGUGAGUGUAUCUCAGCAGCAGCAGACCCAGCAGGGUGUGUUAGCGAGACUAGAGGAGACGGUGAGACAGAGAGAAGAAGCCUGGACAGCAGAGAGACAUGAGAUGGACCAGCGACACACACACACUGUUACACUGCUGCAGGGGAAGAUACAGAUGUACGGUGCCCAGCUUGAGGAGGCCCGUCAGAGACUAUCCUCCCUAGAGAGAGAACGCAGCCAGCUAACCUCUGACCUCGCCAUGCUCCAGAGAACCUUAACCCAGUCUGACCUCCAGGGGUCAACCCUGCUCUCAGCCUGCACCCUACUGGCCGGGGCGCUCACGCACCUCACACACACCGCGCACACACUCCGCACACAGAAAACUCUUCUCACACACCGCGUGGCAGAGCGAGAGGGCCUAGUGAGAGAGGUUAGAAUGCUAGUACAAGCUCUGGGGGAGGGAGGAGGAGAGGGGGAUGAGGAGGGGAGGAAGGGAGGAGGGGUGAGGAGGUGGAGAAGGUGUGUUGUGUGCGUGAUAGCUGUGAACAGGUUGUGUGUGUUGGGACGGGUGAGCAGGCUGGUGUUUAGGGUGGGUGGGCAGCGGUACCCCUCUGUAGGAGUGUGUGUCUCAGUCUUCCCUCCUCGUCUGAAGGAGGAGAGAGAGAAGGACUCAGCGCCGCCAUCUAAAGGUGAAGAGGAUGAUGAUGGUGAUGAAGGGAGAGGAGGAGUGAGGUGGCUCCGUGGUAAAGAUAUCUCCUCCUUCAUCCUCUCUUCCAUGGCUGAACUACAGGAGGCCUUAGCACAAACAGUCUCCUCCUCCCAGGUAGUGUUGUCGGCUGCUCGUAACAGUCUAUCCCGCCUCCUGGACCACCUCCUCACCCCAUCAGACCAAGUGUCCCAUCUCACAGCCUAUGGCGUUAACAAGGGCACUCUGGUUAGUAGGCUGGGACAGGGCUUACACCGACUCACAGCCAAACAGAUGAGCAGUAAGUGUCUGGUGGCGUCGCUGCAGCAACACUUCCUGGUUUUCACCCAACGGCUGCACUCCGCUGAGGUGGAGAGGCGGAGCCUGAGGUUAGAGGUCGCACACCUCAAACGUGUCACCAAGGACGGCCGAGGACCGUGCCACAAGGUCCCUGAUGUCCACCUGGUGCCAGCAGAGCGGUUUGACAGUGUGUGUGAGGAGUUGAGACAGACCUUGCAGAGAGAGGAGCAGGCUCAGGGUCUACUCAGAGAACAGUCUGAUCAGCUACACGCUCUGGGGCUACGCAUGGACACACUCUGGGGAGAGGAGAGGGAGAGAGAACAGACACUCUCUCAGGCCGUACAGAGUCUGUCGGAGGCUCGUCAGGAGGUGCGUCAGAAGGACCAGUCUCUAAGGGUUCUGGGUAAACACCUGUCAGGCCUACAGCAGGAGAAGAAGAGUCUGGAGGAGAGUGUCAGACAGGCAGAGGAUGCACUACGCAUGGCAGCCAAGAGGAAGGACUCCCUGGCCAGCUACAUGAGAGCAGUAGAGAGCAGCUACAGAGAGGUCAGAGACCGUAUCGUCCAAUCACGAUCCACCUCCACUGACGAGGACCUCCCUCUGCAGUUACCAAGAGUGCAUCUGGAUCUGACUGGACCAGAGAGGUCGCUGGGAGGACCAGAGGUGGCCGCCUGUCAGAGCCUGGUGGGGACGUUCUCUGAGGUAUACCACGCAGCGUGCUCCAGGAUUGGCUCGAUGGAGAGAGAAAUCUCCGCCCACCAAAGCCAUGUCUCCGCCCUCCGGACAGAACUACAAGAUGCCUGUCUCAGAGAGAGCCUUUGCUUCAUCCCUGUGUGUGAUUCUCAAUCGUCAGUGACCCCGCACCUAGACGACCUCUGUCAGCUCCUCGUUGACCCUGAAGCCCCUCCCGCCGACCCCACGAACGUUCCGCCGAGAGGGGCAACAGGCAAACCCACCCCUAGCCCCUCCUUCACUCCCUCAACAUCUCUCCCCCUGUCAGACGCCCCUAAAAAGACUAAGGGCAGUAAAAAGGUCCCCAAGAAGACUCGUUCUGUCCCGUCUAAGGGUCUGUCGGGAAGAUAGACCACAGAAUCACUGUUGUGUGUUAUAGAUGCGUCCCAAAUAGCACCCUAUUUCCUAAAGUGCCAGAGCUCUGUGGGUUCCAAUGUGUUAUUAAACUACAGAUCUGCCCUUUUUAUGAAGCGUUUUGAUACGUCACUUCUUGAUGAUGUCAUAAAGAGGAUAAAGGAUACAUUUAUUUAGCUGAAAAAUAAAGCCUGUUUUUUUGUUACGUCAAUCAAUAAACCUUUCUACCUGGA